UAUAUUUAGAACUGAAUACUUUUACUCAAGUAGUAUUUUACUUUUACUUGAGUAACUUUCUAUGAUGGUAUCUAUAUUUUUACUCAAGUAUGACAAUUGGGUACUUUUCCACAACUGGUAAUAUACAGCCCACUAUAUUAUUACACAGAGUAACCCUAGUUGCAGUGUAAGGCUAGUCGUAUAACACACGCACACACACACACACAAACAUUGAGUAGAACCCACAUGUGUAGGAGGCAUCCUACGUGAAAUGAGAUUCCCUGAAGAAAGAAAUCCUCUCCUGUCUGAAAUCCUCUCCUGUCAGUUUUUGCUCUGCUCUGCCUUGCUGCCCUGUUGUCUGGUGUUUGUUUAAAGCUCCCUUCUCCUCGUAUGAGGGAAAGAUGUUUUAGGUGGCCAGAUCAGGGCGAACUCAUGAUGAUGGAUUGUGAGUUGUAGCUGAUUUGUAUAAAAGGAUCCACAACUUACUGAAGAACGUCCUCCAGCUAGCCAGCCAUCAAUCAGCCUGGCGGAGCAGGAAACCUUGGAUUAUCAGACCCAAAGACUUGUGUGUGCAUACAACUGUGUGUGUUUGGGGGAGGGGGGUUGUACAUCUCUGUCAGAGCCCCAGUCUCAGAGAGUAAAUACAGCUGAAAUCAUCGUUUGUACCAGACCACUCCGUUCAAUGACAUUAGAUAAAGGGGUCAACAGCAUAUUGAUUCGGGGACAAAGAGCAGCCUUCUCAGCCAUCCAUUGUUUGCCCACAAAAGUGAGGUGAACUUUGUUUCCAUCUCAGAUCUCAUUAAUACUGGAGCCUGAAUUCUUUCCCUGGGAUCUGUUUUCCUAGCAAGGCUGUCUCGACUCACGUGAUCAGAGAGGGAGAUCUGACACACUGGUCUGGGCAGGAGGCUGUUGUAAAUGCAGUAUUCACACAGAGUUUAUUUCUGGCUGAGUUUGAUUGGUUUUCUCAGAUGUUUUAUUUUCCCGGGGGGUUGAGACCUCGCGUUGUUUGGAUAAGAAAAUCCAGCAGUUGUAUUGAAAGAGGAGGGGGGUGGCGGCGCUCGCGGGGUGGGCUCUGUGUGGCUGUCCAAGUGGGUGUUUGAGUGAGAAAGACACAGGGAAGAACCAACCAGUAAAAAAGCACAGCCCCCUUUAUCAACGCAUCGUGCUGACAUUAUCAAAACAGCUUUUCCAGACUCUGAAGUCUGGAGGACUUUGAAUUAGGCGUCAGCCAGACUACUGUCCUACUCUGUAAGGUUUUCUCAUUUAGCUGCUCAGCUCCAGACUGUGUCGGAGAGCAGAGGGUAUUUUGUAGUGUGCUCUAUAUACGGACUGGUCUGAGGUGUCGUGACAGGUACACUCUGUCUAGGUGAAUCCUACUUCUUCCACCCAGAGGAGGCCAGUCGAUUGAAGAGCAUGCUGCCCCAAAAGAGUCCUGUCACCACAAUGGUCUACGGCUCAGACUGUGUGAAGACUGAACACAGCAAUGGCGGCUCAGUGGGUGGCACUGUGAUGAGAGGCUCCCGUUCGAAGGCGGAGCUGCAGGACUUGAUGGAGACUCUGCAGCGCAGGAAGAGUGCUCUGGAGGCUAGCCUCAGGGCCAGCGCAGAAUCUACCCGCACCUACCUUAGCCUGCCUCCUCCCAGCCCUGUGUCUCCCACAGCCCACGGGAGCGCCAUGCGCCCCCUCUCCUCCAGGGGCCUCCCCUACAUGACCAGCAGCAGCAUGCCCCCCUCUCCUCGCCAGGGCGAGCGUCCUCUCAGCCCCAACCCGCCAUACACACGCUCACGCCACCAAUCACAGGACAGCCUGCUUCUCUCUAACUCCUCUGAUGGUCGCCGCCCCCCUGUAGCCAGUUCUCUGCUGUCCAUGUGGAAUGGUUCCUCUUCCUAUGGGGAGCCUGCCCCCCGUCCACCUCGGGGCCACAGCGGGGCGGCCAGCAUGCCCUCCAGCCCUCGUCUUGGCCGCAGGCUAUACGCCCAGGGCCGGAACGUGGACAAUGCUAUGGACCCUGCACCACGUCAGAGGAAGUACUCUACAGGGUCACUCAAUGGCCUGGGCUCUACCCACAGUCGCUCUCUACCCCGCCUCCACCGGUCGGCUGACUCCCCGGCUUUGUCCCUGCCACCACGCCGAUCCAUGGGCUCCCACCGAGGGGAGAAGGUUUCUGUGUCCUUCUCCUCUAAGUCGAGGCGCAACCUGUUUUCUCUGGAGCGGCCGCCAGACGUGACUGUGCCAGCCACAGCCAGUGUACCGGGUACUCCCCGCCGGGCUAGCCUGGCCUCUCUGGGCUGUGAGCUGGAGGGAGGGGGCCUGCAGGGCUCCUCACCCUGCCUGGACCUGGGCCUGGGGGAGAGGAGGCUGUCCUUUGGGAAGGGAGGACUGGGGCCGGGAUCGAGGAGGGGCAGCAUCAGCUCUCUGAAUGGGAAGGAGGAGCUGAGAGACUACCACAUGCACCAGAGAGACGAGAGGCUCAGAGAACAGGAGGUGCAGAGACUGGAGCGCCAGCGGCUGGAGACCAUCCUAAGCCUGUGUACUGAGCUGGGCCGUGUGGAGCGGGACCAGAGAGGCUUGGCCGUCUCCGACCUGCAGAAGAUCAACAAGGAGCUGGAGAAGUUGCAGGUGUCUGAUGAUGAGUCGGUGUUCUCCGACUCCCCUGGCAGCGUCAGCGGCACUGCCCCGGAGAACGGCUUUAGCACCAGAGCCGAGGGAUACCAGUUGGCAGAGGAGCGGCAGGUCCGCGAGCGCCAUCACAGCGGGCACAGGGAUGCCAGGGCCCAGUCACCUGCUCUCAGCCUGCGCAGCAGUGCCCCCUCACCCUCCCCUCACCAUAGAGCCAAGCAGCAGGCUGCGGAGGAUGUGCAUCUGAAACAGGAAGUGAGCCGUAUUGAGGAGGAGAGGAUCCAGGUGCUGAACAACGUAGAGGAGGUGGAGCAGAAGAUCAAAGACCUGGACAACCAGAUGGAGGAGUCCAUCAGAGAGAUGGAGGUGGAGCAGGCUCUGCUGGAGGGUGAGCAGGUCUCUGAGAUGGCCCUGCUACAGAGGGAGAAGGAGGUACUGGACCAACUCAAUGAGAAGAUUGGCAGCACUGACAAGACUGCCCUCGCAGAGAAGUCCCAGGAGAAAGCCUUGCUCGAUGCUGAGAGGGUAAAAGUAGAGAGGCUGUCAGAGCUUGUCUCUGAGCAGAAGACCCAGCUGGACAACUGUCCCGAGGCGCUCAAGGAGCAGCUUCAGCAGCAGCUCUCCAGGGAUGUGGAGGUACUGGAGGCUGAGAGGAAGUGGUUUGAAGACCUGGAGUUCCAGCAGCUGGAGAGAGAGAGUCGUCAGGACGAGGAGAAGGAGGGUCGGAACCAUCAUUUACUCCGAGAGGUAGCAGAUUACCAGCGUAGUACUGUCACACGCAAGGAGAGACUCCUGACCCUGAAGAAGCAGUCCACACAGAUAACCCAGCAGUCUCAGCGAGAGAAGGACAGUUUUCUGAAAGAGAAGAACAACCUGCUCCUCAUGCUUCAGAGGGAGAGGGAGAACCUGGCCUCGCUGGAGAGGAAAUAUGCUGAAGUGACUGGAGGGCAGGCCUUCCCUAACAACCCUGUUGCCAUGAAAGAGCACUUCCGCUCUCUGGAGGAGAGGAGGCGGGGCAGUAAGGAGAACUCCCACCUCAGUGACAAUCUCCGUAAGAGGAGCCAGCAGCCCCUCAGUCACUACAGCAGCUCCACACUGGGCCGCAGCCUGUCCUCUAAGUCCCACGUGCCCCUGUCCCAGAGCUCCAGCUGUGGUAGUGCCAUUCCCCGGGGCCUCUCUGUCUCUCCCCGAGAUCUGGAAUCUCAACGCCUGCUCAAGGCAGGCCACAGCCACCUGUACGCGAGUGAGGACCGACAGAGACUGGUUGACCUGUGUAGCAGGACCGUCUCAGAGUCCAACGUCUUCCUGGACUCCUUCCACUACGCAGACAACGGCCAUGCCUUCGACACGCUCAGCGUGGACAGCUCUGACAGCAUGGAGACCAGCAUCUCUGCCUGCUCCCCAGACAACAUCUCCAGUGCCAGCACAUGCAACGUAGCGAAGAUUGAAGAGAUGGAACGUUUGUUACGAGAGGCCCAGGCUGAUAAGAAUCGUCUCCUUGAGCACAGGGAGCGUGAGAUGGAGGUGCGCAGGCAGGCCCUGGAGGAGGAGCGGCGGAGGAGGGAGGACCUGGAGAAGAGACUGCAGGAGGAGACCAGCAGGAGGCAGAAGAUGAUCGAGAGGGAGGUGAAGCUACGCGAGAAACAGCGGGCACAGGCCCGGCCGAUGACACGCUACCUCCCUCAGAGGAAGGAUGACUUUGACCUCCAUGGUCACAUCGAGGCAGCUGGACACAACCCAGACAACUGCUACCACCUGGCCAUCACUGAUAAAACCUGCAGAGGGUUCCUGGUCAAGAUGGGUGGCAAGAUCAAGACCUGGAAGAAACGCUGGUUUGUCUUCGACCGGAACCGCAGGACCCUGGUCUACUACGCAGACAAACACGAGGCCAAGAUGAAAGGGGUCAUCUACUUCCAAGCCAUAGAAGAGGUUUACUAUGAUCAUUUAAAGAAUGCACACAAGAGCCCGAACCCAUCGCUGACGUUCAGCGUGAAGACCCAUGACAGGGUGUACUACAUGGUGUCUCCCUCCCCUGAGGCCAUGCGCAUCUGGAUGGACGUCAUCGUCACCGGGGCUGAAGGAUACAUGCAUUUCAUGGUCUGACAAAUCAACAGGAAAUAUCCUCUCCUCCAGUUCCAUCGCUGCCUCAAAGACAAAGCAAUGUGACUGGUCAGGAUUGAGAAUCUGUGACCUGAGCACAAUACCCUCCUGUUUUUUUACUUUACAGCCACUUUCAAUUCAGUCUCACUUCAGUGAGCCCACCUCUCUCCUCCUCUGGGACUGAUGUGAUGGUAAUCUGAUACUUCAGUUUGGCAAUGAAUUACUUCCUCUGGAGGAUUAGGUGUCCAGUGUUGCUUGUUCAUUUGGAAAGGACAAUCUAGGAAGAUUCGAAUACUUAUCGUUUUGUGUGUGAGAAGCCUUUUGGCACAAUCACAUGGUUUACCCUCAUGAUAUUUUGAGACCGUUAAUGACCCUGAGUCGCUGUCUAGGGUGUUUUAUGCAGUCGGAUAUGCUAACAGUGUACUAGAGGUUACUGUCUUGUCCUUUCCAUCAUCCAAGUUGAGCCGGCUGUUGAUUGGUCAACCAAAGCUCUCCAUCUGUUUUCCUUCCAGCUGGACAGUCCCCCCCCCCCCCCCCCAUGUGCCAAACCUUCCGGGGGACUGUCUAGCAUCUGCACAGACUGAGAGGACAAUAGCACCCUCCAUUGGAAAACCCAAGGUGAUGCACAUAACUGAUAUGAGUCUUUUGUACCUUACUGUUGAGCAGGAACGUGGGGUCGACAGGGGAAAUCCUAAAACGCCGGAGACUUGGAAAGUACCUCUCUCAUCACUAUGUACCAAAGACAUACUUAUUUGUAUGUAAAUCAUGUAAAUGGAACCUAAAGGCUCUGCAAAUGAAUACUUUCAGGGUGUGGGAGGCGUUGACGAUCUGUGUGCAUGUAUAUACAUUUAGUGUGUGCCACACAGCUAAAUAAGUUGGCAAAAACAUUCCAGGGCACUUAAAAUACUAGUUCAAAAUAAAUGUCUUAAUCGAACAUUGUAUAUUGUGCCUUUUUAUGUAAGUCCAUCUUAUGACAGGUUGUGUAAUAUCAGGCUAUCAGUGGGCUGGGUGCAGCUCCCUACCCAAUGAAUGGGCUCAUUAAUUUUGGGAAAGCUUUGGAAGGCCUUGCAUUGCUCCUAUUGUAAAGCACCAUGUGAUGUUGGAUGUCAUUGAUGUCCUUAGCGUUGGCCUGUUUUUAGUUAUUACACAGUCGCUGUAAGACCUGUGUAGCGCUAUAAUAGUUAUUGCUUUUAAAAUGACUUUUUUUUUGGGGGGGGGGGUCACAAGUAAUGGAACAUGUAUUUAUAUUGGUUUAAUUGUAUCUGCUCUUCUUUUUUGUUUGUUGACAAAUGUAUAAAUAUAUGUUCAACCAAAGAGCAAAGCAAUCUCCAGUGUUCUGGAAUGAUUUAUAUUGAAGUCAAAAUGGAAAAGAAAAAUGUGAUUCUACUUAUUUGACCCAGUUAUCUUAGCUGAUGUAUUUUGAAUUACUGUGAUCAAACAUGUAUUAUUCUUUUUAAGACCCAAUGACACUGAAAUGGCUCCCUCGGUCACGGUGAGCUCAUAGGUAGCAAGUAGUUGCAUGGUCAAUGAGGUUACUGGGAGAGUGCAGACGAGACCGAAGGGUGUUGAGGUGACGGUUGAUUAGCUCAUAGGGAAUUUUUCACCGUUGUUCUGAAGGGGACUGACUAGUUCCUUGUGACCAGUUGACAUGUCAAGCAGGAACCAUCAUGCUCGGCCUGUGUGACUACACAGUAUGGGCACACUUCCAAGUAUUUUCCAUAUGUGUACCAAGGAAACGAUCACUUUUAUGCAUUUAAAAUAUAUAUACAUUUGAUAUUUUUAUAUGAACAGUGGUAAUUCAGAUGUUAUUUUUAAUCCUGCAUGUUUUUUUUUUAUACAAAUGUAAGAAUAAAUCAUAUGUUUACUAA